AUGCGUUUCUCGGGCGCCCUCAUCUUGGGGCUCGCCAUUAGAGGCAGCCUCCAGCAAACUCCUCCGACAUCAGGUGCAGCUGCGCCGACCAGCGCGGCAGUGGCACCAACAUCUGCAGCAGUGGCACCGACAUCUGCUGUGGUGGUCCCCUCAAGUGCUCCCCAAGCUUCGAGUGCCCCUCAAGCUUCGAGCGUCAAGUGCUGCGCAACCUUCGAGGCAAUCCAGUGCCCAGGCCCCGGCAUCCUCUGCUGCUGCACCCAGCGUCGCCCCUUCGGCGAGCGGACCGGCAAGCCAAUCUUCUGCGGCCGGAGCUUCAUCCCAGGCGCAGGCAUCUUCUUCCGCGGCGGCACCCACCUCGGCAGGAGGACAAACCUCACGAGCGGCCACCUCUGGCGCUCAGGCCACAUCUGCGGUAAUAGCACCAUCCUCUCAAGCACCUCCAACCUCACAAGCACCUCCAUCUUCACAGGCACCUCCGUCCUCACAAGCACUUGCAUCCUCACAAGCACCUGCAUCCUCACAAGCACCUGCAUCCUCACAAGCACUUCCAUCCUCACAAGCACCUGCAUCCUCACAAGUACCUCCAUCCUCACAGGUUCAUCCGCUUCUAGAGGCUCCGGCUCCGGCACCACAUUGGCCACGGCCACUUCCGGAGGAUCCCAGACCGUUGGAGGAACCGCGACUAGCCGCUCUGGUUCUGCCGCCACGACGACAACCACCUCGUCUGCCACCGCGGCGGUAUCCUCUGCCAAGCUGGACUCGGCGACCGUGGGACAGAAUGCCGCGGUGACGCAGGUCUCAGGAAAGCCCGCAGUUGUCAUGAACGCACCAGCCAACGGCAAGUCAUCCUUCACCGUCGAGGCCCAAAAACCCGCCGACGUCAAGCCCGGCGAGAGCAUCAGGGUCCUCGCCACCAUCAUAGUCGGCCCCUCAGGCAACGGCAAGCGAGCCCUCCUCAACCGUCGACAGUCCGGCGGCGUGUGCCAGUUGCAGAUGCAGGUCGACGGCACCUCCGUGUACGACGCCCAGGUGUCGGCCGCCGGGGCCGGCGGUGCCACGAUGGACAUCGCCACCAACGGCGCGCAGGCGGCCACGGACAUGCCCAAGAUCAACGUCACCCAGAUCUGCGGGUCGACGCCCGUCGAGGUCACCGUCACCAACAUGUUCGUGACGAGCGUCAACGGCGGGGUGAUGAACCCGGAUGUCGGCCCCAGCUCGACGGGCACGGGAGGUGGUAAUAACGGCGGUACCACUACCUCGGGGACCAGGACUGGCUCGGCCACUACCAGCACUCAGAGUGCGACUGGUGGAGGUAACAACAACAACGGUGGCCACUCUGCUCUUGACGCUUCCUGGUCCUCCAUCUGGGCUCUCUGCCUGAUGGUUCCCGCUGUUGUCUUCGCUCUCUGA